AUACCUCUUCUGGGGAUGAGACCCGGAAGGGUCUAUCUAGCUUAGCAACGUAAAACUAACAUAGUUUAAUAUGGUUAUUGCAGUAAUUUGUUGAUAUAUUUUUGUGCAAUGAUACUCCAUUUACAUAUCGCAAUUUCAACUUAAGUAAAUAUUAUUUUACGGUAAUCAAAUGUUGCGUUCCACGUCUCUAUCGAAACCAGUUCAAGUCACGUGCAUACUCUUAGAUUAAUGUUUUAAUUGUACAAACAAUGGAACAUAUAAAAAUGUAAACGAUAAUAUAUAUGUGUAUAAAGUAAAUGCACAAACAAACAUCCAUUAAUAUUUAAAGAAGACUAAGCUCUUAAUAAUGUUCUUCAUUUUUAAAUAAUUAAUUAUUGCUAAACUAAUGACAAUUUUAAUGGACAUUUCUCUUAUGUAAAUGAGUAUUUUUCUUUUUGAAAUCGGUCCCAAUCGCUGAAGUUAGACCACAGUCCCAGUGUUAAUGAGUAUGCCAGUUAAAUCGCACUAAAAAGGAUUUCUACCCGCGUGGAUAAAAAAGAGUUUUUAUUGCGAUAAUUAUAUAACCUCUAUUUCUUACCACAAACAACAUUCCAAAAAAGAUUUUUCACGAGUUAUUCGUGGGAGAUUUGUGGUUUUUGUAAACUCGUAAUUUUCAAAGUCUCAUGUUUUUAGAAGUUGCACGUUUAGAUUCAACCUAGUAUUUUUGUUGCCAGGUUUUUGUUCGUUUUGCUAAUAUGGUUGUUUGCAUUAUCAUAUUUAAUUUAAUUUUAGGAGCCGUCAUUACAAAGAAACAAACGAAAAAGAAAUAACAAUAGAUAUAAAAGGAAUAUUUUUUAUUAUUCCUACAGUUGGAUAUCCAACUACAGGAAUAUUUUUUAAUAUUCCUUUUACGAUAUCAUUGCUGGACGCAAUAAGACACACAAGGACAGUCUAUUAGUUUUACGCCCUAUCUAAACUUCCUUCUGAACCACGCUGGAGAUCGAGAUAAUAGAUUUCUUUUUCUUUUCAGUAGCUUACUGGAUUUUUUUAGAGUAACUUGUAUUAAUAAAGCUUUUCUUUUCUUUUUCAGGUGCGCUCAUGAUGACUGAUCAUGAUCAUGAAAAUUGCAUAAGCCAAUUCUUUCAUGAUGUCAAGCCCAACCUUUCAUCUCAAAAUCUACUCGAGGUUUCUUCAGCUUCAGGAUAUUUCGAUUCUUCCCAAGAACUGAGUCAGUAUUCUCAAGACUUUAACACACAGGCACUUAGCUUAUCACAAUUGACCAUAGAGGAGCAAGAGCCAUUAAGUAUACAACCUUUUUUUAAUGUGACUCCAAGGAAAAUGCCAGUAUCUCCACAUUACGUGGUCGAAGAAGAAUUCGCUGCAAAUCCGUGGGCGAUGUUAGUAGCUACAAUAUUUUUAACAAAGACAUCAGGUAGAAUUGCAAGACCGUACAUGAAGAAUUUCUUUGAAGAUUAUCCGACACCUUAUCACGUCCUCUCGGAUACACCGAGUUCGUUGGAGAGGUUCUUUGAUAACCUUGGUUUGAGAAAACGUGGUCUCAUGAUUUGGAGGCUUAGCUAUCAAUUUGUUUCAUCAAAAUGGCGGCGUGCUAGCGAUUUAUGCGGUAUAGGGAAGUAUGGAGAGGAUGCCUAUAGGAUAUUCUGUCUGGGACAUACAAAUUUGGAGCCCAGCGAUAGAUACUUAAAAUUGUAUUUAGAUUGGUUAACGACACAAACGAAGUUCUUGGAAGAGCAAGGAGCUAUGGAUAGCGAAUACUUGAACGAAGACCCGAUUUUGAAGUACUAUAGGCUUACUUUGAGAGAAGUCAAAUAGUUUUAUUUUUUAAACAUUAGAAUUAUGUAAAAUAAAAAUCUGUGAUAUCAUAUUAAAAUAAAAAGGUAAUUUAUAAUCUUUGAAGUGGUAAUUGAUUUUAAAGAUUAUUAUGUAUAGAUUUAUAUUAAAUCAAAUUAAAUAUUUAUAUAAAUGACAAUCGUACGAGCAUAUGCAGUAGUCCCAUUCGUUUACAUAACUGACAGCUUAA